UGCAAAAGUCAUUUUACAAAAAUGCUAUAUUUUUUUCAAUUAAGAAUUUUAACUUUUUUUGUUGAACUAGUUUAUUGUUUUUGAGUAAAUUUUAACUACAUUUCUCUAUUACACCUCAGUUUUUAUCCGGGUUACUAGACUUCAGGUUAUCACACUUUAGUUUUCAUUUAUCAUUUUCAUUCAUUACUAGUUGUGUCUUCUUCGUCUGCGACGUCACUAGUUCCCAUGGCAGCCUGGUGGUUGCCAGGGAAACGGAAAGCGUCAACAGCAACAGUCCAUACGUUCGAUUAGCCAAAGUUGCAUUUAGCUACAAAUUCAGGCUAACGUUACUUCUUGUUGGACUGUAUUUUCAAUUUGCUGUUGCGGUUUCGAUGGUACUUUGGGUAGAACCUGUUGUUUUCCUUUGUGAUUAAUUAUAAAGUGUAAAUUUGUGCUAUUCUGAAUGGAGUGUCUUGGAGUAUCAUCUGUUCAGAGCCUACAGGCUCUCUCUGACUUGUUAUCAACCCGGCAGGAGGAUGAUGGUGAUGAAGAGCGUGAAUCUCAACAGAAUGCAUCAGUUUAUGCACAGCUGGGACCUGGACACAUUGGUCCCCCACCCAAAAAUGAUAAAGAAGUGUCAACCGCCAAUGUGAAGAAGGACAGCAAGGAUAUCUGGAACGAGGAAGAGGUUCCUGAGGGCUCCCAGUACGAUGACCUUGCUGACCCACGGCCACAGCCUGAGUAUGAAAUAAUCCUGAAGCAGAGUGUGGGAACAGAGGAUCUGUUCUUGGGCUUGAACAGAAAGGACCCAUCCUCCAUGUGCUGUGAAGCCAUGCUGGUGAAAAUCAAACUACCAGACAUUAAAGCAACAGAUGUAUUCCUGGAUAUAAAAGAAAAGUUCCUUGAUCUGCGGACACCUAAAUAUAAACUGGGUCUUCAUCUCCCACAUCCGAUCCACAGCCAUGGGGGUAAGGCUCAGUUCUUCAGCGAGAGGGAGGAGCUGGAGGUGACUCUACUGAUGAAUCGCCCCAUGGAUUUUAUCAACAUGCAAUAACAAGGAAUGACAACAGCAUUCAAAAGACAAAGAGUACACCUUAAACCAGUGUACAGAGGGAAACUCUGUUCAUGGGUCAAAGAAAGAAGGGUUUGAAAGAUUAUCAGGACUUGCAAAAAAUGUCUCCGUAACUGACUCUCUGUGAAUGUUGAUUUCAUGCUGUUUUUACAUCAGUAACCACGGACUCAAUUAGUAUUAAAAUAUGCUUUUCUAGUCAA